AUGUCGUUAGAGCUCAAAUUACAACAAGCCUCUGUAGAUUUUGAAAAUCUCCAAGCAGAGCUGUCACGAGUAGUGGAAGCCAGGCAACGUCUCGAUGCACAGCUUUCAGAAAAUGAGUUGGUUAAAAAGGAGUUUGCAGUUUUAACUCCCGAAAACACUAUUUACAAGUUGAUUGGACCUGUUCUCGUCAAACAGGAUCAAGCUGAAGCAAAAAGCAAUGUGGACACGCGACUAGACUUCAUACGCAGCGAGAUCCGACGGGUGGAAGCACAAAUCAAAGAUAUCGAGGGAAGGCAGGAAAAGAAGAAGGGAGAGCUGGUGCAAAUCCAAUCAGCACUUCAGCAGGCAUCUACUCAGUCCUCCUCCCCCACGCUGACAGCAUGA